AGAUAACUUGCUGCCUAAAUAUAGUUAUAGUAUUUAGUUUAUAAUCUAGUCAACAAAGAACAAUGUCUAAUGAAUCUGUAAUGAAUAAAUAUUUUGCCAUUUAGAAGGUUGUGAACGGAUAGUUUCAUUGUUGAAAUAAUUUCAAACUCAUAGUCCCACAAAAAAAAAGUUUGCAUUGUUUUUUUUCUAGCUAACCGAUGAAAGUAAACAGAAAAACAGUCUCCAAAAGUUGCACAGAAGUGAAUGGAAUCAUGAAAAUUAUUGGAUACGGAACCGGUGCAACAAUCUACAGAGUUGUGAAAAAUCCUAGUGGCACAUCUGGGAGCAUAGCUUUAAAAAUGAUGAACAAAAGACCUCAUAGAAGCAAUGUACUAUAUCAAAGACUUCUUAAAGAAGCAGACAUUUUAAAAAGAAUAUCACAUCCGAAUAUCGUCACUUACAUGGGCUGCUUGACAUUUAAAGAUAGAAAAGUACUGCUGAUGGAAGAGCUGGAACAGAGCUUAGGAGACUAUAUCGAAAGGCUUCAAGGUAACGGUCGAAGAACGAUGUUAUCUGAAUACAUAUGUCGAGUACUGCAAGGGGCAAGCAAGGCUUUGGAUUAUCUGCAUACAGAAAAGUAUUUACUGCAUGGUGAUAUUAAAUCUCACAAUAUUCUGAUAAAAGGAGAUGUGAGAGUGGUAAAGUUGUGUGACUUCGGCCUCAGCAUAAGCCUGCGGAAAGACGGUACUGCUGACGUGCAGAAGUACGUCGGCACGUUGUGCUGGGCUGCACCUGAAGCUGUAGAUGUUGGACCACUCACUACCAAAGCUGAUAUCUUCUCUCUAGGUAUGGUGGUUUAUGAAAUGCUUACCUUGAAAGUACCUUUCUUUCAUUAUUACCGCAUCCAGAAAGAAAGAAAUUCAAAUGAAUUUGAAGAGGAAUUAACAGAAUCUGAAUGCGGUUGCGGACUGCGUCUUUUAUCCGGAUUAGACAGAGAGUAUUAUUCCUUCGUCGAGAUCUUCCGGUGGUGCACUGAAGAGGGAUACAACGCAAGACCUUCUGCAAUGGAACUUCUUCAAGUUCUCGAGUCCAGUGAGUUCUCUCCUUUGAGGAGGAAUACCAAAACAUCAUCAUUAAUUGAGAGCUGA